GUUGGUUAAAAUACAAAGUAGUUAUUCAAAGUAAUCUCCAACCACUUCAUAUAAAUUCUUGAUCCACCAUCGCGAAUUUGCCGUACAAUUUCAAGAUCCCCCAAUCAAUUCACCAUCUUUCCGACAAAUUUCCUCCCAUUUUGAACAAGAUUCUCAAAAACCCAAAUGGGUUUCCUGUUAUCUCCGACGUCCCCCGCCGGAAAAUGGAUGGGGUUCGUCACCGCCGUCUGGGUUCAAGCUAUUUCCGGCAAUAACUAUACCUUUUCAAACUAUUCCGAUGCUCUUAAAUCUCUAAUGGCACUCACUCAGCUCCAACUCAAUAAUCUCUCCGUCGCUAAAGAUGUCGGAAAAGCUUUUGGAAUCCUCGCCGGUCUCGCUUCCGAUCGAAUCUCCCCUGCUGCUCUUCUCCUUAUAGGUUCCAUUGAAGGUUUCAUCGGUUAUGGCGUUCAAUGGCUCGUCGUUAGCCAGAGAAUCCAACCUCUUCCUUACUGGCAGAUGUGUAUAUUUCUGUGUAUGGGAGGAAACAGUACGACAUGGAUGAACACUGCAAUUUUAGUAACAUGCAUUCGGAAUUUCCGGAAGAACAGAGGUCCGGUGGCCGGAAUCCUAAAAGGGUAUGUGGGUUUGAGUACCGCCAUUUUUACCGAUAUCUGUACAGCUCUAUUCAACAACGAUCCAGCUCGUUUUCUCCUUAUGUUAGCAGUUGUUCCCUUCGUUGUCUGUCUCUUCGCCAUCGUCUUCCUCCGUGAAAUCCCACCAUCUUCCACCGCCGCAGAAGAAAAAUCCGAAACUCGUUACUUCAACAUAUUCAACGUCCUCGCCGUUGUCAUUGCCGUUUACUUACUGACUUUCGACAUCACCGGCGACCAUGGCACUAAACUAUCACAAGCGUUCUCCAUUAUUCUACUCAUCCUCUUGGCUUCCCCUUUAGCAGUUCCGGUGUACCUCGCCGUUCAAAACCUAAUCCGAUCAAAUCCCAAAACCCUUGACGUCGAAUCAACCCCAACAACCGAACCAUUGCUUAUAAAAGAAGAAGAAGAACAACAACAAACCAUUGAGACGGUGGCGGAGGAGUCAAAGGAAGAGUCGUCGACGGCGGUGGAAAAGAUUCCGCCGGUGAUCGGAGAAGAACACACGGUGUUUGAGGCAUUAAAGACGGUGGACUUUUGGAUCUUGUUCAUAUCGUUUCUUUGUGGAGUGGGUACGGGUCUGGCGGUUCAGAAUAAUAUGGGUCAAAUGGGUCUGGCUCUCGGGUAUGCGGAUGUAUCCAUAUUUGUUUCGUUAACAAGCAUUUGGGGCUUCUUCGGUCGGAUCCUAUCCGGAUCGGUUUCGGAGUAUUUCAUCAAGAAGGCGGGGACACCUAGACCUUUAUGGAAUGCAGCAUCCCAGAUUCUAAUGGCUGUGGGCUAUGUUCUAAUGGCCAUAGCCAUGCCUGGCUCCCUCUACAUCGGUUCGAUAGUCGUCGGAAUAUGCUACGGUGUCCGUCUCGCCAUCACCGUCCCAACCGCCUCUGAACUCUUCGGUCUCAAAUACUACGGCCUUAUCUACAACAUCCUCAUCCUCAACCUCCCGCUUGGUUCCUUCCUCUUCUCCGGCCUGCUCGCCGGAUUCUUGUACGACCACGAGGCCACCACCAGCGCCAGUGGCGGAAACACCUGCAUUGGAGCCCACUGUUACCGCCUCGUCUUUAUAGUCAUGGCCUUCGCGUGUGCGAUAGGGUUCGCUUUGGAUGUAUGGUUGGCUUUCAGAACCAAAGCUUUGUACAAUAGGAUUUACACAAACCGGAAAUCUAAGAAGUCGUUGGCGGCAGCCAACGGCAGCCAUUGACGGCUGCCGGAGGUGGAGGAUCGAUGGGAAAGUUUCCCGGUGACAUUCUUCAUCCAAGAAACAAAAUAAAAUGUUGCUUUUAGAUUCUAAGGUGCAUUUUUCACUUCGGUAUUAUGGGAUUUAUGAUGCUAUUCUUUUGAUUUUUACGUGAUAAAGAAGGGAGCAAGGAUCGGUGUUUCCGAUAUCUGGUUCGUUUAACGAAAAACUACGUUCGGUAUCGAGACGGAUAUGAUCGUUUAGAAAUCAGGAUUGAUCUAGAUCCAACGGUCUUAAUCUACAAGGGUUCGUUUGGUUCCAUUUUUUUAAAAAUUUCAUUUGGAAGGAUGUAAUAAAUUAAUUUGGUAAUUGAAGGUUCAAUGUUUUUCA